CAAUUUUGAGAUAAUAGAGGGACUAUCCAUACAUUUCACCCAAUGAUAAAUGAUAAUUAAAUCCCCAAAACCCUAGCUAGUCUUAGAUAUCAAAUCAAAACUCCUUGAUUACAGUCAAAGAUGCAUCACAUGAUUCUCUGCAUUCUCAACUGUAGUAAAUUAAAAGACAAGAACAAAAUAACAAUAAUUUGCCUCGAAAUUCCCACCAUGUUGUGUCUAAAUAAGCUAAAUAGGAUCUCUCUAUCCCACUUAAUUUGCAUAAUUUGCCUUGUAGAGAGAGAGAGAGAGAGAGAGAGAGAGAGUUAGAAGAGUUAGAAGAGUUAGAAGAGAGAGAGAGAGAAAUAGCUAAGCUUAAGUCAAAAGUUGAGAAAAUGAAGUGUAGAGAAGUAGCACUUUUCCUGCUUGUGCUUGUGGUGUUUAUCUUAAGCUCUUCACACACUUUGAGCACAAGUGCUGAUCAUAAGAUCAGGAAACAAGCUACUAGGAAGCUGCUUUUGAGAGCAAUUCCGCCGCCGCCACUGCCGCCGUCGUUGUCGUCGUCACAGUCACAGCAGCAGGAAAUGAGGGUCGACGGCACGAGGAAGCCGGUCAGACAGGCCGGAGUGAGCUUCCGACGGAUACCACCGUCGGGCUCGAACCCGACUCAGAACAGUGCAAGACCAAGAAUAGAAGGGCCCAAAAGGAGGUGAAAUAGAGAAAAGAAGAGAUCUCAUGAUAUAUAAAUCAAUCUCCUUUGUGUUAAAUUUUUGCCCUAUAUAGUUUUUGCAAUAUCUCUCUUGUAUUUUGUACUCUCACACUUUUCAUAGGCUUAAUAUAGAGUUUUAGAAUUUAUGGGUCUUUCCCUGUUAUUGCUUUUGCCUUUUGUUUUGGUUUGUUUUGUUUUGUUUUGUUUUUUUUUUUUUUUCCUUUUUUGAGUUUUUUUCUUGGUUUGUAUUAGUUCAGUUUUGCAGCUGUAAUAUAAUGUAGCAGAAUAAUGAUGAAAAUUAGUGAGAGCUUUACUUAGUAGCUAACUUUUCACAGCUGUUUCAUCAGUUUAUCAGAAUAUGGAUGCAUUUAAUUUGGAAAUGAAAUGCAAUAGUUAUGUGAGUUAUCAUCAUAUAAGUUCCCUUUAUUCUCAAGUAAUUUUACAAAAGUCCCAAAAUUUUGAACCAUAAUUUCAAUCAUUUUAUCACGCGUAUCACU